AGCGCCCCCACGAUCAAGACAGGACACCAAGCGAACUGCACCGCUCGGCCGGGUUCCUCAGUGUGUGAAUGCGGUUGAAGAGACAAUAACACUGUCUGCCACACAGCCUGAACUCUUCUUGCUAUGGAUCAGCACCAGGACCUGUUGAACUCGGGCCUCGAUGGCCACGCCCUGCAGUACCCCGGGCAGCCAAUGGCGUCCGCGAUGGUGGACCUCACCCUGAGUGACAGGGACCAGGAGCCAAUCGGGGCGGAGAUUAAGAAGAACGGGGUGUCGCCCACGCUGAUGGGGCCAGGAAAUGACCUCAUGAAAGCAGAGUCCGUGGAGCCAACUCAGGUGGAGCACACAGAGGAGCUGUCUGCACUCGCUGAAUCUCACAGCGCCCCCUCUGGUGAGGAGGUGCAACAGGCAGCCAGAGGACCUGAGAAUGACAUCGCCCCCUCCGCUCCGGCGACCGGUGAAGAGGAACGCGUUCCUGGCCCCCGCGGCCCCCACAGCCCCGUGGGAUACUCUCACGCCGACCCGCCUCGCUUCGGGGGCGAGGAAGAGAGCGAAGACGAAGAGGAGGCGGCGCUCCCGAGCCCUGGCGUUCCCGGAGUUCCCGGCGUUCCCGGCGGGAGGGACGAGGCCACGCUGCUGUUCCCGGGAACGCUGGCGUCGGAGAAGACGGCCGGGCCGCUGAAGGAGAGCCCGGAGGGCCGCACGCUGAGCAGCUCCGAGGAGGAAGAGGACGAGGAAGAGGAGCAGCCGGCGCGCUACGCCCUCGGGGAGCGGGAGGAGUCCCGCGGAGCCGUCACGGGGGAGCCGCUGCAGCCAAUGGGACGCAGCGGGGGCGGCGCCGACCCCCCCUCCCCGGGACAGAGCUCAGAGGAGGAGGCUCAGCUGUCGCCGGGCGAGGCCAAGAAGCGCGGCCUGUCCUUCGACUACACGGAGCCACGUGCGCGCCUCGGCCAGCACAACGGCACGGACCGCACCCCGGAGGAGCCCCGCAGCCCGGACUCCUGCCGCGCCGAUCCCGGAUCGCCCUUCUCGCCCUGCGCGGCCCCGGGGCCCCACGCCGAACCCCGGCCCCCCGCCCGGCGGGACUCGCAGGACGAAGCGGAGACCACGCCGCCGCCGGUCGGGAACUUUCCGGAACUGGAGAAACCGGAGGAGCCCGCGUACGCCGCACAGCUGGCCCCCGAGAAGUACCUGGAGUCCAGAGGCCAAGACCUCAUCGGGAGUGCCAGUGUCCCCCAGGUCACGGAGGUGCCCCAGGUCAUGGAGGUGCUCCAGGUCACGGAGGUGCCCCAGGUCACGGAGGUGCUCCAGGUCAAGGAGGUGCCCCAGGUCAUGGAGGUGCCCCAGGUCACGGAGGUCGCUCCAGUCAUGGACGCCGCCCAAGCCGCAAGACCGAACGGCUCAUCCAAGGACGCCAAGAUGGCCGCCCCGCCCGCCGUGCCGACAGCAGCAGCCGCCCCCGCGAGGAGGCCGCAGAAAGCCCCCCCGGCCGCCGCGGCCCCUCCCCCCAGAGCCGGCGCUAAAUUUGAGAAAGCGCCCCCGUCCGGGGCGGCCGCCGGCCGAAAGCCUAACGUUCCCGCCGGCCAGAGCAAAGCCAAACCCCCCAGCGCUGGACCAGAGAAACCUGCUGCGGACAAGACUGCCAAGCAGGCCUUCUGCAAUACCCACGCCCACCAGUGGGGGCGCCAGGCUGGGGCUGCGGCACGGCCCGAGCAGAGGAAGCCGGGGGUGGGGAAGGCUGAGAAAGAGCUGCCCAAGACCCCGGAGCGCAGCGGCUACAGCAGCCCCAGCACCCCCAAAUCCCCCGGCAGCCGCGGCAGCGCCCCGGGCCAGCCCACCGCCAAGGAGCUGAAGAAGGUGGCGGUGGUGCGCACCCCACCCAAGUCCCCGGGGUCCCUGAAGAACCGGCCCCCCGCCCCGCUGGUGCCCAUGCCCGACCUGAAGAACGUGCGCUCCAAGAUCGGCUCCACCGAGAACAUCAAGCACCAGCCCGGAGGAGGCCGGGUGCACAUACUCGAUAAGAAGAUGGACCUCAGUAACGUUCAGUCUAAGUGCGGCUCCAAAUCUAAUAUGAAACACACCCCGGGGGGGGGAAACAUCCAGAUUGUGCACAAAAAGAUCGAUCUGAGCAACGUGCAGUCCAAAUGCGGCUCCAAGGCCAACCUUCACCAUAAACCCGGUGGAGGGAACAUCGAGAUCAAGACGGAGAAGGUAGAUUUCAAGGUGCAGUCGAAGAUCGGUUCCCUCGACAACAUCGGACAUGUUCCCGGGGGGGGCAUGAGGAAGAAAGAGAAGGGGAAAGAAGCCGAGGUGGGCGUGGCCGACCCCGCCCUAAACGGCGAAGGUUCGGUUCUCAGCCCCGCCCCCGCUGAGAGCUCGCCUCAAACCCCCCCAUUUCAGCCGGUCAUUCCCGAGGAACCCCCCCUCAUUAGUCUGGAGGUCUCCCGUAAGUACCCACAAUUCACCGGGCCCCCACCGCUUCACUCUUACGGCACCUGCGACGGCUAGUGCCUGGUUACCGUAGCGACGUACCGUGUGGGCCCUAAGUUUGGCUAAAAGUGAAAUUUAAGUGAUUGUUUGUUCAUCACAAA